AUGUCUGGCUUAAUAGCCGCUUAUACAACCGUGCACGAGCUCGAACAAUUGUCGUCGGGUCUUCCAAAAUGCCCAUACACUAUCAUCAACGUUCAAAAAAUGUUCGUCUGUGCUCUAUGCGCUAAAGAAUAUAAAAGCAAGUCUGGCUUAAUUAAGCACGAGAAGAGGCAUGCGGGCGUUGGCAAGCAUAAAUGUCUUCAAUGUGGUAUGCUUGCCUUCUCCAGAAAAGACUUCGAGACGCACAUAGCCAGGCACAGCAAUGACAGACUAUAUGUAUGCACCAAAUGUGGCAAGAGAUUUAAAACGCAAAAAGACAUGCAAGAUCACUCAAGGCUAGAGGAUUCUGAUGGGAAAUAUGAGUGUGACACCUGCGGGUCAAAGUACAAGAAGAAAUCGGACCUAACGGAGCAUGUGAGAAAACAUAGUUGA